AUGAGAGGCUGCCGAGAGCUGCAGUCCUGCGAGCAGUGUCUGCAGGGCGCUGCCUCCCGCAACGGCUCGGGCUGCGUGUGGACGGGCUGCGGGGCGCCCGAGCGGCCAGUGCGUGACGCCUGCCGCGACGCCCGCGCGCAGCUGCACACCGUGCCCUUCGGCACCCUGGCGCUGGGCGACACCGGCACCCUGGACCGCUUCUACAACGCAGACGUGGCCGUGGUGGAGCUGAGUGACUCCAUCUGCCAGCCCUCACUCUUCUACCACCUGGGCGUCCGCGAGAGCUUCAACAUGACCCACAACGUGCUGCUGUGCGGCCACGCCGAGCUGCCCGGCCUGCAGGCCCUGCAGGAGGACAUCUGCCAGAAGAACUCGGACCUGUGCGGCAGCUACACCUUCAUUCCCUACGUGGUGACGCCCCAGAACAAGGUCGUCUGCUGCGAUGCCGGUGCCAUGAAGUGCCCGGCUGAGCUUUUCCAGCCCGGCUUCAACACAGAGGGCUUCUUCACCCCGCUGGCGGGCCGCCUGGCCAAGCUCCUCGAGGGGAUCCCCACCAACUCCUGCGGUUAUUUUCGGGAGACGAUCCGGCGCGACAUCCGCCGGGCCCGGGAGCUGUACCGGGGCGAGCAGCUGAGCCAGGAGCUGGCUCGCAUCCAGCAGCGCCUGGACAGUGUGGAGCUGCUCAGCCUGGACAUCGUCAUCAACCUCCUCCUGUCCUACCGCGACGUGCAGGAUUACGAUGCCAUCGUCACGCUGGUGGAGACGCUGCAGGCGCUGCCGACCUGCGACGUGGCCGAGCAGCACAAUGUCCGGCGGCGGGAGGCGGCUGCCCCCGCCCUGCUCUGCCUGUGCGGCCGCAUCUACAAGGACAUGUUCAUCAGCUCGGGCUUCCGCGACGCCGACACCAGGGACCGGGCUUUGCACUGGUACAACAAAGCGUUCGAGGUGGAGCCGAGCCUGCACGCGGGCAUCAACGCGGCCGUGCUCCUCGUGGCGGCCGGGCACCGCUUCGAGACCUCGCCGCAGCUCCGGCAGAUAGGCGUGAAGCUCAACUGCCUGCAGGGCCGCAAGGGCAGCCUGGAGAAGCUGCACUACUACUGGGACGUGGGCUUCUGCCUGGGCGCCGGCAUCUUGGCCAAUGACCUGGCCAAAGUCAUCCAGGCCUCCGAGAAGCUCUACAAGCUGAACGCACCAGGCUGGUACCUGGUGUCCGUCAUGGAGACGUUCCUGCUCUACCAGCACUUCCAGCGGAGCCCCCAGGCGCAAUGUGCCCGGCAGGAGCUGGCCGACUUCUGGCUGGGCUUCCUCCUCGAGGGCUGCCGGCCCCCGGCCCCCACGCAGCACUGCCCGGCGGCCGCGUCCAGCUGGAGCUUCGCACCCGCCGCCAUCCGGGGCAUCAGCAUUUGCAAGCGUGACGAGCGGGGCUGCUUCCUCUAUGUGACGCACACAGCCGAGGAUUUCCAGCUCUACUUCCCAUCCCAGCAGCACUGCCGCUGGUUCUGCGACCUGGUGCAGUCCUUGGUGGCCGAGCAGGCGGCGGGCGCUGAGGAGGUGCCCAGUCCCACACAGACCGUCCUGGAGUACAGCUACGAGUAUUCAGAGACGGGUGAGCGCGUCGUGCUGGGCCGCGGCACCUACGGGGUCGUCUACGCCGGGCGCUGUCUCAGCAACCAAGUGCGCAUCGCCAUCAAGGAGAUCCCAGAGCGCGACAGCCGCUUCUCGCAGCCCUUGCACGAGGAGAUCGCCUUGCACAAGCACCUGCGGCACAGGAACAUCGUGCAGUACCUGGGCUCCGUCAGCCAGGGCGGCUUCAUCAAGAUCUUCAUGGAGGAGGUGCCAGGAGGGAGCCUCUCGUCCCUGCUGCGCUCCAAGUGGGGCCCCCUGAAGGACAACGAACCCACCAUCAUCUUCUACACCCGCCAGAUCCUCGACGGGCUGAGCUACCUGCACGAUAACCACAUCGUGCACCGGGACAUCAAGGGAGACAACGUCCUCAUCAACACGUACAGCGGGGUACUGAAGAUCUCUGACUUCGGCACCUCCAAGCGGCUGGCGGGCAUCAGCCCCAGCGCCGAGACCUUCACAGGCACCCUGCAGUACAUGGCCCCCGAAAUCAUCGACCAAGGGCCAUGGGGCUACGGGAAGCCGGCAGAUAUCUGGUCCCUGGGUUGCACCAUCAUCGAGAUGGCCACGGGGAUGCCGCCUUUCUACGAGCUGGGCAGCCCCCAGGCUGCCAUGUUCAAGGUGGGCAUGUUCAAGAUGCACCCCGAGGUACCCGAGUCCAUGUCAGACAAGCCGGGGCAGCCGGAGGGCACCGAGGAGGCGCAGGGACAUCCCUCGGCCGUGCAGGGAGCCCGGGCAGCGGGCACAGCGGGCAGCCCCCCGCGCUGCUCCGGCGAUGUCGCCUCCAGCCACAGCUCUUUGGGGGCUCCUGAGGACUGGGUGGGCUCCGACCUCAGCCUGCGCUCGUCGUCCCCAGAGGAGAGCCGGGACCUCUUCCUGCUGCGCAAGGACAGCAAGCGCCGGGCCACCCUGCAGCGCAUCCUCGCGGCCGAGGCGCCCGCCAUCGCCGCCGCGCUGCACGACAGCCAGGUGAGGCAGGUCCUGCACCGGCACCACAUCAAGCCCCACUGGAUGUUUGCGCUGGACGAUGCCAUUAGCUGCGCGGUGCAGGCUACAUUCAGGGUGCUCGUGCAAGACCUGGGGACAACGGCCAGCUGGCCGGGGGAAGAUGUCUCUAAGGACACAGGUGAUGAGGACAACCGCACACCACCAAGCCCCAGGAUCCGUCCCCAGCAGGACAGCACCGACGUGGGGCCGGGCAGCAUCUCCAGCACCCAGAGCGGUGCCAUGUCCUCACUGCUGGGUCCCUCGGCACUGGUGUCCCAGCUCUGCCACCUCCGCCUGGAGACGGGCAGGUAG